CAAAUCUCGUAAGUAAUCAACAAAAGAUUAGGGAAACAUUUGAAAUUACAAUGAAAUUGAAGUCACUUUGGUAGUUGGUUGGUGGAAAAAGCUAGCGCCGAGCAGCCACAGAAUAAAAGUGCAAAGAAAAAUGUUGAAAAUAGAAAAUGUGUCACUUAUCCCAAAGAAGCAAAAAAGGAGAGAGGACCCAUCUGAGUUUUGUUUUUGUGUGGUGUAUAACACUGCAAGCGUGCGAGGGAGCUGGUGUGCAGUUACUUACGUACUCUGAUGAUCUUAUCCCUCUCCCAAUAUCUGCCAAAUUUGUUUCAACUAAUUCUUUGAUCUCAUCGAACUAACCCCUUUUCAAGAAAAAACAAAUCUUGAUUACCUCACUAAAAUCAAGAUAAUCUUGAUUUUUCUUGAUAACCGUGUUGUUAGAAUCAAAUCUUGAAAAAGUCAAAAGUUGAUUUUUGUUUGAUCAUCGUGGUGGUGUUCGAGGCAGCUUUUGCGUACGACGACAAAAAUCAAAUCUCGAAUUGGCCCUUUAGUGAUUUGAAGAAAAAUUGGUGGGGGGGCAAUUCAAUCUUGAAUAAUUGGGUUGUUGGAAUUGGUUAUUUUGAGUGAUAUCUACUGGCCAUGCGACUGUGGUUUUGUGUGAUCAGCCUCUUAAAAGAGGACCCCAAGAAUCAAGUUGGAGUUUUUGACAUUGCUGCAGGUGUUUUUUUGGUGGUUAUUAAUUGUCUUAGAUUUAGCAAUGGCUGCUGAUACUGCUCAUGGUCCUACUCCUAAAGGUGUACUUUGUAAUGCUGGUGCUGGUGCUGCUGCUGGAGUAAUUGCUGCUACAUUUGUGUGCCCUUUAGAUGUUAUUAAGACUAGGUUGCAGGUUCAUGGGGUGCCAAAGCUAGGAAAUGCUAACGUUAGAGGUAGUCUUAUAGUUGGGAGCUUGGAGCAGAUAUUUCAAAGGGAGGGGUUGCGUGGAAUGUACAGAGGGCUUUCCCCAACAGUGCUGGCAUUACUUCCAAACUGGGCGGUGUAUUUUACUAUAUAUGACCAGCUGAAAAACUUUCUUGGCUCUGAUGUAGAUGGAAGUCAUCAACUUUCAGUAGGUGCAAACAUGUUAGCUGCUUCUGGUGCUGGAGCUGCAACCACAAUUGCAACAAAUCCUCUCUGGGUUGUGAAGACACGUCUUCAGACUCAAGGACUGAGAAUAGGGUUCGAGCCUUACAGGGGUACAUUAUCUGCUUUAAGGAGAAUAGCGUGUGAAGAGGGCAUUCGUGGGUUGUACAGCGGUCUGGUGCCUGCUUUGGCUGGUAUUAGUCAUGUAGCUAUCCAAUUUCCGACUUAUGAGCAAAUUAAGCAUUACUUGGCCAAGCGAGCUAACACUUCAACGGAUAAACUUGGGGCCACUGAUGUUGCCGUUGCAUCAUCAGUUUCGAAAAUAUUUGCUUCGACAUUGACAUAUCCUCAUGAGGUUGUACGUUCAAGACUUCAAGAACAGGGUCGCCAUUCUGAAAAACGGUACUCUGGUGUAGUUGACUGCAUUAAGAAAGUCUUUUAUCAAGACGGCAUCACAGGCUUUUACCGAGGUUGUGCAACCAACUUAAUCCGGACUACCCCUGCAGCUGUUAUCACAUUUACCAGUUUUGAGAUGAUUCACCGCUUCCUAGUAACCGUGUUUCCCCCUGAUCCUCAUCCUCAUACAUUGUAGGAUGUCAGGAUGGUUCGGGAUUCACCAUAGUCGAGGCAGUUUAGUUCAUCAAGUCCUUGAGCGAGGCCACUGGUCCGUCUGCAGCAAUCUCCUCAUUGAUUGUGUAUCUUCUUGCUAGCCGUCGUAUAGCAAACAUAGAAAAGCCAUUUUAGCCCUUGUGAAACAAAUUGCGAUCCCAUUGUUAUACUGAAAUUGAUGAUGAUGAUGAUGAUGAAAGGAAUUGAAAUGUAGGAAGACUAGAAAUUAUACUGAGCUUUGAGACAUUGAAUAUUAGUGGAACUUUUGAGUCA